AUGGCUGCCCACCGUCUGAAGUCAGCUUUCCACGCUUUGAAACCCGCCUUCGGGGCAUGGAUCACACUCCCUGGUGCCUUGAACAUACGAACUGUUUCUCUCUCCUCCCCGCACCUCUCUUGGGUCCUCAUCGAUUGUGAACAUGGGAUGACAUCCCUCCACCCCGGUGCAAGUGAGUCCAUCCAGGCUGUCUCCGGACUCGGACCAGAUGCUCCCAGUACUAUCGUGCGUAUCCCUGCGACCGGUGCAUGUGCAGACGGAAGUGUGGCAUGGCAGAUCAAAUACGUGCUGGAUGCUGGCGCGAGAGGGGUCUUGGUACCAAUGGUGCGUGCUUUAAGUUUUGUAUCAUGGUCCAAGGAUGAAGCCACCACACUCCUGCAGGUCUCGAGCGCCGCACAAGCCGCAUCAGUCGUCGCUGCGGCACGCUUCCCGCCCAAAGGAAUUCGUGGUCUUGGGAGCCCGUUUACACACACUACGUGGGGACCGAUCUCCUUCUCUGACUAUCUAGAAAAUGCCAACGACGCCGUGAUUGUCCUUAUACAAAUUGAAACUCGAGAUGGCAUGACGAACUUGGACGAGAUUCUCGCCGUGGAUGGGCUCGACGGCGUUCUGAUUGGGCCCUACGAUCUUUCAUUGGCACAUGGCUACCCCCCGCCAUCUCCUGACCCGCAUCCCGAAGUAGAGGUAAUGAUCCAGCAAAUUUUGAGCAAGUCGCAUGCAAAGGGAAAGAAAUGUGCAAUCUACUGCACGUCCGGCAAGCAGUCAGCCAACCGUGCCGCAGAAGGCUUCGAUAUGAUCAACGUCACUUCAGACUCCAAUGCAAUGUCGUAUGCAAUUGCUGAGAGCCUCUCAGCUGCAGCAGGAGAAGCAGUGGUAGACAAAGGUCUAUCUUAUUAA